GUGCCACUCGAAUCGGCGAACCCCCAACUCCUUCCUAGCUAGUGCCGUGAUAGAUCAAAGCUAGCAAGCUACCAGAGAUAUCCAAGAGAGAGUAAGACAAUGGGCGGGUGCUUCUCUUCGUCGACGUCCGGCGGCGCGUACUACCACGAGGAGUACUCGGCGGCCGGGUGCCGGCGGCCGCAGCGCGUGCGGCCGAGCGACGAGGACGGCCUCUACUACGUCGGCGAGCGGGACGUGGACAACAAGGCCGGCAUCUACAUCGCCAAGUUCCACCGCUACCAGUCCGAGGUCGUGCCGCAGACGCCCGCGCCGUCCUCGGCCGCCGCUCGAGCUGUGAUCGCCGGCUGAGCACGGCGGACCGUACCGGUCUACCGGAGCUGCGACGCAGGAGCAAGAUCGAAAUGGUUGUCUUCCAUGUGGGUUGGUUAUUGGUGUCUGGGUUCUUUCGCUUAGUUCUCUCUUUAGCCUGCGCGUGCGCGCGCGGCUUGAUCGCGAGGGUGAGCUCCUAAUGAAUAAUUAGUACUGUAUUUCAGAUGACGGAUGGCUAAUGCUAGUACUCGUGUGUACAGUAUAUAUGUAUAUAUGUUAUGUAAAUUUGUUCAAGAUCUAUAAAGGUUGGUGAUCCUAAGUGA